GAGAAGAAUGGAGGCGGACAACCAGAACCCAGAGCAGCGGAGCAACAAGGUCCCCAGAAGACAAGCAGCAGGCUCGGACUCUGAUAGCAGCCAUGUUCAGUGAGGAUAACACAUGGGAGUCGCAAGACAACCUGGACCUCGACCUUAUCACAGAGUACAUGCAGAAACAAGAGGAGAAAUUGGGGAAGAAGAAGGAGGGCAAGAGGAAAGUUGUCAGUGAGGUCUCGGGUGACUCAGAGGAGCGAGCGAGCAAGAGAAAGGAGGAGGAGGAGGAGAAACCGAGAGGAGGGGAGAGACCCAGAUGUCACCACUGUCAACACUGUGACAAAUCCUUCACAACAUCUGGACAUUUAAAGAUUCAUCAACGCAUUCACACUGGAGAGAAGCCGUACAGCUGUGAUCUGUGUGGUGGAACAUUUUCUCAGAGCGGUAGCCUGAAAAUCCACCAGCGCAUUCACACUGGAGAGAAGCCGUACUGGUGUGAACAAUGCGGGAAAACGUUUUCUGUGAGAAGUAGCCUUAAAAAACACCAGCAUGGUCACACUGGGGAGAAGCCGUACAGCUGUGAUCUAUGUUGCAAAAUCUUUUCUAGUAGGUAUUGCCUAAAAAUGCACCAACGUGUUCACACCGGAGAGAAGCCGUACCGGUGUGAGCAAUGUGGGGUAACUUUUUCUCUGAGAGGUAACCUUAAAUCUCACCAGCGUGUUCACACUGGAGAGAAGCCAUACAGCUGUGAUCUAUGUGGGGAAACAUUUGCUCAGAGUAGUAGCGUUAAAUCUCACCAGCGUCUUCACACUGGAGAGAAGCCGUACAGCUGUGAUCUAUGUGGGAAAACAUUUGCUCAGAGUAAUAGCCUUAAAUAUCACCAGCGCGUUCACACUGGAGAGAAGCCGUUCAGAUGUGAUCUAUGUGGGGAAGCAUUUUUUCAGAGUGGUAGCCUUAAAUCUCACCAGCGCAUUCACACUGGAGAGAAGCCGUACUGGUGUGACCAAUGUGGGAAAACGUAUUCUAUGAGAAGCAGCCUUAAAAAACACCAGCGUGUUCACACUGCCUCGUUGUGAGCAUGUUUCAGAGCCAAGCUGUUUCCUUCUGCCUUCGCCUCAUGCCCUGAUAGCUGUGUUGUUAUUUUCUGA